AUGUCCGGCGCCGACAAUCAGAUAGAAACUCAUUUCGCACCAGAUCAGCAGCGGUUUGUUGCACAGGUUGCUCGGCGGGCCCGGGCAGCAUGCACUAGCUGUCGCGCCCGCAAGAUCAGAUGCAUGGCUCCUAACGGCCAGCCCUGUGCGAACUGUGUCUACGAGAACAUUCAGUGUCUGCUGCUGCCUAAAAAACACCGAGCAAAAAAAGUCAAGUCCACCGCUUCUGCAAGCGAAUCAUCUCAAUCCAUUCCAGACAGAGCAUAUAUGGAUCCCAACCAGCCUCGACAACAACCAGCGGAUACCCAGUCAAUUACUCCCACAAAUCUGGAGCAAGCGCGUCAAGAGUCGCCUCCUUCUCAUACUGAUGAUGAUAUCAAUUGGGAGGAGGCAGCCCUCAAAACCCUCCCCCCGCCGCUGCUGCCAGACGCUUCCCACUUUCCGGCCGCAUCAGUCGAGAUUACACAGCCCACAGGGUCGUUCUCAAUACCAGAUUUUCUCUCGCCACCUCCUGCACAGUUGGCAAAAGAAGAUCUGACCUAUCUUUACCAAAAGCGGGCGCUUUCCAUCCCUGAGCCUGAAUUUCGAAGUGCCCUGAUCAAAAGCUACAUACUUUACGUCCAUCCGUUUUACCCGAUCAUCGAUCUGGAAGCCCUGCACGAUCUCUUGCAUGGCGGUUCGCACCAAAAUCCGUUUAGUCUCCUGGUCUUCCAGACUAUAAUGUUCACAGGAUCGUCCUUUGUGGAGAUCAAAAUGUUGAGGAGGAUGGGAUUCUUGACUAGAAAGGCUGCUCGGAAUGCCUUUUUCCUAAAAGCAAGGCUAUUGUACGACAUGGAUUAUGAGCAGGACUGCCAUUCCCAAAUUCAGGCACUCAUUCUGAUGUCUACCUGGUGGAAAACACCGAAGGAACAAAAGGAUGGCUGGCAUUGGUUCGGUAUCGCACUAUUACUUGCGCGAACUAUUGGUCUACAUCGCGAUAUCAAUGCUCAGAACUUAAGCGCUAAGAUUCGAGCAUUGCGCCGGCGCUUAUGGUGGAGCUUCAUCAUCAGGGAUACACUCACAUCGAUUGCCACGAACCACAUUCCACUUAUACGAGAUUCGGAUUUCAGCGUAGCUUCUUUGACCUUGGAUGACUUUGCCCACGACUCAUCUCCAAGGCCCAUCCCCAUGCCCUAUGGUAAUCCAAGCUUUGAGGCUCGGAAAUUUGCAGAAAUCGCCAUUCAAACUGUCCACAUCUGCCGACUCAUCAAGCAGGUAUUGCUCACCGCUUACCAUGAGACCACAACAGGCAAUAUUGAUAUUCUGUACUUGAAUAAAUCUUCAAAGUACGAAUCCUUGCGAUCUGAAUCGCAGGGUCUGCGCGAUGUUGAGAGAUCCUUCGAAAAAUCACUGGAAGAUGUCCAUUCUCCUAUUGAAAUACAGACAAUUGGCUCCGAGGAUGAGCAGGCUCUACAACUCCAUAAAGCAUUAUUGUCUAUCCUCUGCCACUAUGGAAUACUCUUGAUACAUCGUCCAAAGCAUGUCAAUGAGCGGAACAACAAUCUGCGAGAUCAAGUAGCAUCUCGUAGCAGGGUGCGUAGUGCGGCCAUUCAUGUGAACCAGAUUCUCAUGGAGAUAUACACCGCAGACCUUGCGAAGCGUAUGUCUCCAACAAUAGUAAGCUGCCUUAUCCCGGUCGGCAUCAGCCAUAUUCAGGACAUGAAAAGCAAAAACCCAGCCGUUCAUCGCGAGGGUCGUCGACAUUUGGAAGAGUGCAAGCAGAUCUUGAUGGAGCUCUUAGACGGCCAUACAGCUGCGGAGUGGGCAGUGAGCUUUCUGACCUAUGUGGAGGGUAAGGUGAAUGAUCCUCCACGAGCUUCGAAUGGACCAGCAGGUGCGACGGGCGAGCUCAACUCAAACCUUUCUCCGAGAACGGAAGAAUUCGAAGGUGGAGUGCAUCAGGAGUUCAAUCGGCAAUCCUCUGAGGUAGGGCGAGAGAGCUUUGGGAUCAACAACUCGGCAUUUGUUCCCGUUGCGGACUUUGGGUCCCUGAGGCCUUUGGAUUCGAUGUUUCCAAACACUGACGAGAUCCACCACCCGCUGGACCUCAUGUUACUCGAACCAAACUUCUUGAUAGAUUUUCAGAAUGACCUACAUUCAGGAGAAUACCUUGCGCCUAGUUUGUCGGUAUUUGACAACGCAGUAUAUCAAACGAGUAUUUAG